AUGCUUGGCGAUGCGCCGUCGAUGAUCAGGCACAAGCGAAAACACUCAACAGUUUUCGAUUGGAUGACAGCGCAGUCAUUGGAACUGAAUUCACCAAUUGUUCAACUUUUCUUGAAACCUUUCUUUCAACCAGUUGUCGUCAUUACAGAUCCUCGCGAGGCCCAUCACAUCCUGCUGCGCCGAGCCAAAGACUUUGAUCGCUCCAAUUACUUCAGAGAUCCGUACCGACAUCAUAAACAUGCUCUCAAUGCUUUUGGCGGGGUGUUGGCCAACAAUCACAUGAUCCAGCCAACCAACGACAAGUUUAGGCAGGGUCGCCGCCUGUUGGGUGACACCAUGACCACUGGAUUCCUCAACAAGGUUGCAGCACCAUCCCUCCACAGGCAUGUCCUGAAUUUGCUGGAGCUCUGGCGCCUUCAGGAUCAGCUUUGGCAUGUUGCCUUUGGUAGCCAGCUCGAGUGCCUGCCAACCGAAACUGGAUUCUUGAGCGCCCACUCCAAAUUCAACACACCUGCAGCGGCAGAUCAGCCCAUGGUCUUCCCAACGCCAGAGUACAACUCCGCCGUCAAGUCGAUGAAGGUGAUCAUAGACACACUGGAGUCAACAGUGACGUCUCCGAUGCCGAGACAGACACACUGGCUCAUCUCCCUCACGCCAUCCGACCGCCGCGCCAGGGCCCACAAGGACCAGCUCAUCCGCGAGCGCCUCGAGGACGCAAAGUCCCGGAUACUCAGCCUCGGCGAAAAGGCCGGCGAGUUCGCCGACGUGACCUCCGCAACAGACCAUAUGGUUCGCCGGGAGGCAGAAGCCGCAGCCAAGGAGAACCGCGCGCCGCAGUACGAGAGCCCGAUCGCCAAGGACGAGAUGUUUGGGUUCCUGAUAGCGGGCCACGAAUCGACCACGACGGCGCUCAUGUGGACGGUAAAGCACAUGACCAACCACCCCCGGGUGGUGAAGAAGCUUCGCGGCAUCCUGCGGGGGCACUUUGGGCACGAGAGCGGGCCCCCAACGGUAGAGCAGAUCACCACAACCAACAUCCCGUACCUGGACGCCGUGGUGGAGGAGAUUGAGCAGUGCGCGCUCACGGGUGCCGGAAUAAUACAGACGGCGGUGCAUGGCACGAUGCUACUAGGUCACCGCAUCCCCAAGGGCGUCGACGUCUUUAUGAUGACCAAUGGGCCAGGCUACAUGGCUCCUAAUACCAUCAACGAGACUAUCCCCGAGCACGUGCGGUCAGAAUCAUCCCGGGAUUUCAAGGACCGUGCGCGUUGGAUCAAGGCCGAUAAGAAGGGGGUGGAGACGUUCGAUCCCAAUGCAGGGCCCGCCAUGCAGUUCGGCGGCGGGAUCAGGUCUUGCUUUGGAAAUAAGAUGGCCUAUCUGGAGAUGAGGGUCUUCGUUGCCCUCUUGGUGUGGACUUUCGACCUCGAGGCGGUGCCGGAGCAGCUCAGGGGAUUCGAGGCUUUCAAUAGACUGACGCACAAGCCUAAGCAGUGCUAUGUGGUACUAAGAGAGGCGGGCAAGGCUCAUUGA